AUGUCUCUCGACGCUGCUGCGGCCCCUGAGGCAGCCAAGAACAGCCAAGACAUCCAAGACAUUCAAGAAAACGAAGAUGAUCGCGAAUUGUUGAAGCUGGGUUACCGCGCUGUUUUAGCGCGAGGAUGGGGCUCUUACGACAACUUUGCUUGCUCAUUCUCUGCUCUUUAUCCAAUUGGCGGCAUUCGUCUGCUCUUCUAUAUCGCAAUCAGCGGAGGUGGUCCUGCUGCUAUGUGGAGCUCCUGGAUUUCAGGUAGCAUUCUCUCGAUUAUUACCGCCGCCUGCCUUGCUGAAGCUUGUUCCAGCUACCCCGCCGCGGGGUCGAUCUACUACUGGGCAUUCCGUUCUUGGGGCGGUGGACGGGUGGGAAGGUUCAUAAGUUUCUUGGUCGCAGCAUGGACACUAGUUGCAUGGACGGCAUUCCUGGCAAGUGACUGCUUCGGUGUCGCCAAUUAUCUUGUGUCAGAAGUGGUUGUGUUCAACCCAGACACGAGCUUCCCCUACGACACCUCUGAUGUCCGUGCACGAGCCAUCGCCUGGGCCAUCUCGUUGUUCUUCCUGGGAGUGGCUACCAGCUUGAACUUCCUCCCGUCGCAUAUGUACUCCUGGGUGUUCCGCACAGGUGUCAUUGUGAUCGCCUUCGAUAUGCUGCUGAACUUCAUCUGGCUCCCAAUUGGUGUAUCGCAAACUUAUGGCUUCCAAUCAGCUGAGUACGUGUUCACUUCGACCUACAAUGGUGGAGAUGUCACUCCCAGCCUCAACUGGGUCCUUUCUUGGUUUAUGACUGCUAGUUGUCUAGUGGGCGAAGACGCAUCAGGCCAUGUCGCAGAGGAGACCGUCUCGGCUAAGAAGGCCGCUGCUAAGGGCGUCUUUUGGGCAACGGUCGCUUCAGCACUUUGCGGUUUCCCGAUCAUCAUCUUGUUCCUGUUCUGCAUGCCAUCUAUUGAGACUUUCUACAACACCAGCGCUCCCCAGCCAUUUACCAACAUGUACGCCUUGGCCCUCGGUCCACACGCCCAUGUGGUCAUGACUAUCGUCUCAAUGAUUGGUGGUAUUCUCAACACUUCUAUCUCGCUGGUUGCCGCGUCUCGAUUGGUGUUUGCCGUGGCACGCGAUGGAAUCUUCCCAUACAGUCAUGUAUUGGCUCGUGUGUCGAAGUCAAAGCAGCCUCACAACGCAGUGAUUUUCAUUUCGACCAUUGCUGCUCUUCUGCUUUGCACCCAGCUGCCGUCUCAAGUCGCCUUUUCUAGCUUGAUCUCAACUUCGGCUGCCGGCUCCAUCGCGGCCUACGGUCUUGUCGGCAUUGGUCGCACCUUCAUCACCCGCAAGACUUUCCGCCCCGGAUUCUGGGACAUGGGCCGGUUCGGUGUGGUGGCAGCUGUCGUCACGUUCGUUUGGAAUGGCUUUGCGUUUGCUGUUCUCUGUGCACCAGAGUAUUCCAACAGCCAGAUUGAUAAGGACUCGAGUCUUUUCAACUACGCGAUUGUCAUCAUGGGCGGUGUCACUAUCCUCGCCCUCGCAGAGUGGUGGCGCAAGUCGAAGGAUGAAUGGUUCCAGCACCUUGAGCCUGUUGACACAGCAUCGGAGACCGAUACCUCCAUUCAGCGUGAGACACAUGGGUCUAUGUUGGCCGACUCCAAAGAAGUUUGA